AUGGCACGAAUUGCAAAAAUACUGGAUAGCGCACCCGCGGACGACAUGACAUUGUCAGGAGUACGGGUGCAGGAGUUGCGAGAUGAACAAUAUACGCAGUGGAUUCAGGGUGAUAUCACGCUGGAGAACGCCAAAGUAAUGCUCUUGAAAGAAGGUGUGGACGAAAAGCUGAUCAAGACAAUUAGGAGCGGUUACGCCAACUUUUUACGUGAAACGCGUUAUGAAGACCCACUACCUCGACUUAGACGAGUAUGA